AUGGGAGUGGAGUCCUGUAUUGAUCUGUUGUUAAGAUGCAGAAACGUAUUCCAUAUUAGACAAGUUCAUGCCCUUAUGGUAGUCAACGGAACAUUCCAAGACUUGGUUGUUGCAAACAAGCUCCUUCACAUCUAUUGCCAACACAAGGCCAUUGAUGAUGCAUAUUCUCUGUUUGAUAGAAUGACUGUGAGAGACCCCAAAACUUGGAGUGUCAUGGUUGGUGGGUUUGCCAAAGUUGGAGACCAUGAAGGUUGUUAUGCCAUCUUCAGGGAGUUUCUGAGAUGUGGUGUUACACCUGAUAACUACACAUUACCUUUUGUUAUAAGAACUUGCAGAGACAUAAAGGACCUUCAAAUGGGUCGUGUGAUCCAUGACGUGGUUUUGAAACACGGGUUGCUUUUGGAUGAUUUUGUUUGUGCCUCCCUUGUGGACAUGUAUGCCAAGUGCAUGGUGGUGGAGGAUGCUCAGCGAUUGUUUGAGAGAAUGCUCAGUAAGGAUCUUGUGACUUGGACAGUGAUGAUUAGUGCGUAUGCUGAUUGCAAUGCCUACGAGUCAUUGGUCUUGUUUGAUCGGAUGAGAGAAGAAGGUGUUGUUCCCGAUAAGGUCGCUAUGGUGACUGUUGUCAAUGCCUGUGCCAAACUGGGGGCUAUGCACAGGGCUAGGUUUGUUAAUGAAUACAUUGUGAGAAAUGGUUUCUCCUUGGAUGUGAUACUGGGGACUGCAAUGAUUGAUAUGUAUGCAAAGUGUGGGAACAUUGAUUCUGCAAGAGAGGUUUUUGAUAGGAUGAAAGAAAAAAAUGUUAUUUCAUGGAGUGCCAUGAUUGCUGCAUAUGGUUAUCAUGGGAGAGGGAAGGAAGCCAUUGAUUUAUUUCAUAUGAUGUUGAGUUGUGGCAUAUUGCCGAAUAGGGUCACCUUUGUCUCCCUCUUAUAUGCUUGUAGUCAUGCAGGAUUGAUUGAAGAGGGUCUUCUGUGUUUCAAUUCGAUGUGGGAAGAACAUGCUGUUAGACCUGAUGUCAAACAUUAUACCUGUAUGGUUGAUCUUCUGGGCCGUGCUGGGAGGCUAGAUGAGGCUUUAAGAUUGAUUGAGACAAUUACAGUUGAAAAAGAUGAAAGGCUGUGGAGUGCUUUUCUUGGGGCAUGUAGAAUUCAUGGGAACAUGGAGUUGGCAGAAAAGGCAGCAAAUUCUCUACUUGAGCUACAGCCACAAAAUCCAGGGCACUAUGUGUUACUGUCCAAUAUUUAUGCAAAAGCUGGUAAGUGGGAAAAUGUGGCAAAAUUUAGGGAUAUGAUGACCCAAAGGAAGCUGAAAAAACUUCCCGGAUGGACAUGGAUUGAAGUGGAUAACAAAACCUAUCAGUUUAGUGUUGGAGAUAGAUCUCACCCUCAAUCAAAGAAGAUCUAUGAAAUGUUGAUGAGUUUGAUCAAAAAGUUGGAGAUGGCUGGAUAUGUACCUGAUACAGAUUUUGUGUUGCAAGAUGUUGAGGAGGAAGUUAAGCAAGAAAUGUUGUACAUUCAUAGUGAAAAGUUGGCUAUUGCAUUCGGCCUAAUUGCUAUCCCUGAGGGUGAACCCAUUAGGAUCUCAAAAAAUUUGAGGGUCUGCGGUGAUUGUCACACAUUCAGUAAGAUGGUUUCAGCUAUUAUGAGAAGGUCCAUAAUUGUUAGGGAUGCAAAUCGCUUUCACCAUUUUAGUAAUGGGACUUGUUCAUGUGGGGACUAUUGGUAG